AUGGUGAAAGCCAUUCUGUUGAUCGUGUCAGCCUCGCAGACAAGUCUGCGCUGUUCCACCGCCUCCCUUCCAACAAAACCCUUCCGUCGGUCGGUCGACAUGUUUCAACAAAUGAAAAAACCGUUUUUUCGAAUGGAUUUUGUUGCAAUCUAUCUGGAGCUGAAAAACCUCAAUGCGAUUCCAAAAUUUCUACAAUCCGACCGCGUGGCAGAAUCGAACUACGUUUUCCACUUGGCUUCAGCAUUUCGACCUCAAAAUGCACGGCCGCAAAGUUUUUCUACUCCUGGGUAUGACGUCCAGCCACACAGUCAACUAUGUAUAUCGGAAUUUUACGGUAAGAUUUCUGCCACCCAAAAUGACAUCACUGAUCCAGCCACUGGAUGCAGGAAUCAUUCGUUCAUUCAAAGUUCUUUGCGAUCGCCAUUGGGAGGAAGUAUCCGCUCAAGUACUGUGCAACUACUGGUUGCGGAGCAGCAUUGUCGACGCGUCGACAAUGGCACGACUGGGCAGGAGAACGAUCAUUGUCACGCGGUGGAAGAGAGCGUGGAAAAGAAUCUCGCUGAGCUGAUGAAGGAGAUGCAUGUUACCAACGGUGUCAAAGCGUACAUUGCAGCAGAGCCAGUUGAAUGUACCCAGGAUGUGAUCGACCGAGUUGGGCUUGAUGCGGAUUAA